AGUAUUGACAUCGGUGCUAAUAUGUUUGUAUCAAAUGUCAAACCUCUGCCUGAUAUUAUAUAUUUUCUUCAUGAUUGGGAAUGGUUCUGAGAGUGUAGUAAGGACAGUUGAUUAUAAAUAAGGAGGUACUACAUAAUCAAUGUCAAGUAUAAUGGGAUCCCUUCCCACUGCAGGAAAUGGACAAAUGCCACAGAUGGAUAACUGAGAGAUAUUGCUGAUUAAGUUGGACUAUUACAUCAGAAACCUCCUUGUUUUCUUUGAGGAUUCUCAAGGAUGCAACAUCACUGAAGAAUUGAUAAUGGCUCCACUAUAAAUGUAUGGAAAAGGUGAAAAAUAACAUUGUUAACAGGUGGUGUCUAUACAAGGACAUGGGGGAGAUUUCUAAGCAUGUUCUCUAGAAGGUGUACUCAAAUGAAGAAUUCCAAGAAGUGUGUGGCCAUAAUACUGUGCCUGGGCACAGUAAUUGUGUUUUAUGGAAUGUUCCAAUGCAGUGGUUCACCAAAGAUGUACAUGGUCCCUAGAGAGUCUGUCAAGUAUGUGUAUGAUGAUAAGAACAAAGCUAUACCAUACGACCAGGAUUCCCCACUCAUAUUCAUUGGGGGUAUGCCACGUAGUGGUACCACCCUGAUGAGGGUUAUGAUGGAUGCUCACCCUGACGUGAGGUGUGGGGAGGAGACCCGUGUAAUCCCCCGAAUCCUGGGGAUGAGGAAUCACUGGCAAAAAUCAGAAAUUGAGAGGAAGAGACUUGUAGAGGCAGGCAUCAAUGAUGCUGUUAUAGAUUCUGCUGUGUCUGCUUUCAUUUUAGAAAUCAUUGCCAAGCAUGGUGACGCAGCCCCUAGACUUUGUAACAAAGACCCCUUCACAUUGAAAUCCAGUUUGUAUCUCAGUAGAUUAUUCCCCAACUCCAAAUUCAUUCUCAUGAUCAGGGAUGGCAGGGCCAUCAUUCAUUCUGUCAUAACAAGAAAAGUUACAAUCUCAGGUUUUGAUCUGAAAAAUCCCAAAAUGUGUUUAGAGAAAUGGAACACUGCUAUGGAAGUGAUGUAUUCUCAGUGCUUACGGAUAGGACCUAUACGGUGUAUGCCGGUUUACUAUGAACAACUUGCUUUACAUCCAGACCUCUGGAUGCACAGAAUUCUGGAGUUUUUAGACUUACCCUGGAACAGUUCAGUGCUCCAUCAUGAGGACUACAUAGGGAAGCCAGGAGGGGCAUCCUUAUCAAAAACAGAGAAAUCAACAGACCAAGUGAUCAAACCAGUCAACAUAGAGGCAUUGAGUAAGUGGGUGGGAUUUUACUCAAAUGACAUAUUAGAAAACAUGGCCAAAAUUGCUCCCAUGUUACACACCCUAGGAUAUGACCCAACCAAAAACCCACCAGACUACGGCAAACCUGACCCCAAAGUGGCGGACAACACGAUGCACAUUAAACAGAACAUGGAAUACUGGAAAGAAAAAGAGCAGGAAAUUCUGGCCAAGGAGAAAAAAACUGGACAUCAUCAACCUCACUGAUGUCGAUAGCCGUAGGGAAAUAAAGAAAUGUAAUAAAAAAUGUCCAAAUAACACAUUUCCGUGAAAUUUGUUCAUGUACAGGGAAUUUGAUAGGGCACAAAUGUUAUAAUAUUGGUUACAUUGAUUAUUGAUCAGGUUACAUAUAUAUAUCUUUGUUUUCGUUUCUGGGUUGUUGUUUUUUUUUUUUAGAGAAGUGAUUAUUAUUGGUUUUUGUGUUCACUGAUAUCCUAGAAAAUGAAAAAUUGGUAAUAAACUUGAAGUAAAAAUCUACCGAUGCAAUUACAUUUAAAGAACAUACCAUAAAUGUAUUUUAAGUGAAUAUUUUAAUGACUCAGCUGUUUUUAUGAGAUGAUUUUUCAGUACAGGGAAAAAAAUUAAGUAUAAUAAACAUUAGAUAAAUGUAUAAUUUAGAUUUUAUUAUGUAGUGUAUGUACAAAUAUUGACAAUGAACAUCUAAAUGUGAUGCACGUUGCAUGUUUUUUUUUUUUCUGUUUUUUAUAAAAAAAAUUUUUUUAGCAAAAAGAGUUGUACAUGAUCAUAAAAUGUAGCCUAGAAAAUUUUUUUUUUUCCUCAAUUCAGUGUAAUGAGGAUAAAUAGUACAUGUAUUAGCAUACAGUAAAACAUGGUUACAGCGAACACACUUAUUAUAAUGAAUCUACACUUACAGCAAGUUUUAAAACAUGUUUAAACAUUUUAUAAACUUAAAGGAUAUAACAAAUUACAUUUACCGGUAUAAUGGAUCAAAAUUGUUGUCCCUGUCACUUCUUUAUAAGCGCAGGUUUUACUGUAUAUGCAUUGUACAAAUGAAAGUUUUAGAUUCUUUGCUUUUCAUGCAUGGUGUCUGAUAAUCUCAAUAGUAUACAUGUAAUUUGUAUUCUGAUAAGGGUGGGCAGGAUUCUGGAUGUGAUAAAAUUGUACACCUAAUGUUGUCCUGAUUCAGUGUUCAGUAUCAGUGUAUAUAGUGCUGAUGCAGUGUAUUGUGUUCUGUGUACACUAAAUCAUGUACACCUUUAUGUGCUGAUUCAGUGUUAAUGGUGUACGUCAAACAGAGUACACCCAAAUAUGCUGACUUAUUGUUUCUUUGUUUUUAGACCAAUACAUGUACACCUAGAUGUGCCUACUGUAACGUUUUUGAGUGACUUAUGGUCUCUCAAUGUUUGCCCCGUCUUUCUCCACAAAGCUAUUGAAUUUUUUUGCUGAUGUUACUAUCACUGCUUUAAAUAUCUGUAGACUGUGCCAUUUUCUUACAGUAGACAUAAUAUCUCAGCCAGAUAAUGAAUACAUCAAGUGUUAAAUCUGAAUAUGAUUGACUGACUAUACAUCCACAAACAUACUGCAUUCAAUUGUUACCUAUAUAUAAUCUGUAUAUCAAAGAUUUUUAUAACCAAGUACAACAAAUUAAAUGAUCUGUAAUUUCAUAUUGUCAGGUUUGUAGAAUCAUCAAUACACUGGUAAUACCUUAAAUAUUGAUGGAUUAAUUCCUGGUUAGAUUCCCCAGAGGUGUUCAGAGUACCUUUAUUGUUCUAUAGCUGAUUUGACCGACAUUCUAUACAAGUGAACUUAGACUGUUAUAUAUUCAAUUGGGAUGUGAUACAUAUACCGGUACUAAUGAAAGAAAAGGAAUAAGAACUCAUCAAAUAUUUAUGGCUGAUUUAAUAAUGAAGUAUUGAUUUGGAUAAGCAGAAUCUUUGAUUGUUUUCAGAAGACAAUUGUGGUAUGGAUAUAUGACCCCCAACAAUGGUGGACUUAUUACUAUACAUUGCAUACAUACCAAUAAUAUGAUGACCAGUGUACAUAUAUUCAUGUGUACUUUUCAUCUUUUACAUCAAAAAAGUGUACAUAAUUGGUCAAUUGUAUGUAAGUCAUUCAGUGUCAUGUAGGCUCUGUGCAAUAUAUGCUAGUUAAAUUUGCAUGGAGGAGUUUAUUUAUGGAGAGUGCAUUAUUGAUGAGUGGAUAUUUUAGUGUUUUCUAGUCAUUUUUGAUAGUUAUACUAGCUGUAGGUGCUGUUUGGUACAGUCAUAGAUUUGAUUUUCCAAACAUAACAAAGGACCAAUAUACAAUUUGUAAAAGUUGAGGCAUGUUCAGUUCCCAACGUCCUCAAAAGAUGCCAAACAUUUUUAUUGAGGAUAUUUAAGAGUCAGAUUUCAUGAAUAAUGAAGACUUAUUUUGAAACAUUUCAUUUCAUCAUUUGGUGUUUAAAUUUGCAUUUUUUAUGAUUUUUUUUUCUUUUUUAAUUUCAUCAUCAAAAGUGAGUAUAACAUACAAAUAUUAUGACCUGUUAUUUAACUCUGAACUAAAGGAAUGUCAAAAGAUAACAGAAAACUUGACACCAACAGCCAGCCACCCUUUUACCUCACAUCAUGAUGAUCAUGAUGAUUCUGUAAACUUGUGGUAAACUCUGACAACCCAGCCUAUAUAAGAUUGUAUGGGAUUUGUAAUACUGAUUUGAUUUGAAGAUUUAAUUUUUUAAGAUAAUGUUUCAACGAACAAUUAAAACGUUUGGUAUAUUAGGAUAUUCUCUUUUUUAUGAAUUAAGUUUUUAAUUCUUUGACAUGAUCAAUUGUUACCUGAUUUACAGUGUACCAAAGAAAUAUGUUAAGAGUCCAAAGUUUGAAUGUCACAAAAAAGGUUGUUUAUUAAAUUUUAAAUCCGAAUUGUAUGUUUAUGUACCAAAUGUACCAAAUUUUUAUCAUGACCAAAUUCAUGUAUACUGCAGUACACAACCUCACUGACUGUUGUAUGAAUCUGUAUUGGACUAUCCUUUUCCUUAUUAAACAUAUAUUUUUAAUUGACUGUUGAUGCUUUAUUUUGUAAUAAUUAAUUGUUUUACAAGGUCAAGUUAAUUUUUUUUAUUUUACUUAUAGCUAUGGAUUAUCUAUUUUGAUUCUGUUGUAUCUUAACAAUUUUUUUCCUCAAAGAGAAACAAGUUUGACACAAUACAGGAUAACAGGGGGUGACUACUGUGCAGCUCUUGUGUAUUACAUAUAUAUGAUAAAAAAAAAGUACCAAAGCAGGACAUUUAGACCUCUUUGAUCAAUUUUACUUUAUCAAAAUUACAAAUACCUACAGCACAUUUAGCAAAGAAUGCAAAUACACAGGGUAUUAUUAAUUUUGAAAAGUCCAAUCUGUAUACUUGUAUAUUUAGUUUUUCUAUGUACUGUAUUAAAAUUUUAUGUCAAGGUUUGCACUUGCAGCUGGUUAUUAAUUUUUGUCCCAUACAAAAAAAGUAUUUUUGUUCUACUUAUGCAGUGUAUUGGUAGGUUGAUGUGUCAUAUUUGAAAGUUUUGGAAACAUAUACCUUCUUGGUGAUGAACAAAUAUAUUUAAUGAAUAAGCUUGAUAUAAUUAUUUGAUCAUUUUAUUAUUUGUUUAAUUACCUUUACUAUAUAUUUACUGUACAAUAGUGUAUGAAGACAGACAUCAGAACUCAUGUACAUACAUAACAAAGUUUGUUGGUGCCAAAUACAUUAUACAUGUAUGAUAUGAUGGUUUUUUGUUUGAAUAUGGUGAUUGUUUUUAGAUGGGCUCCUUUAAUGAUUGCAGGGGUUAAAAUACCUGUGUUUUUUUUUUUGAAUUAUAGGAAAGAUGUCAAAAUGAAAUGAGAUUAUUCUAAUUUAGAACCAUUUUUUUCCUAUGACUGAUUAAAGGUAUGCUAUAUGGUAUCCAUUAGAGUUACUAUGCAUAAAAUACUGUGGAAUCAUUUUAACUUGUGGGAGUCAGUAUUUGUCAGCAACCAACAUUUACUGGUUCAUAGAUAUGUAAUUUCAGGAGUAACUUGUAUAUACAAAAGAUUCAAUGAACCAAUAUGCUGACAAAGUUAUUGUCUGUAGGGAUGUAAAUUCAUAGGCAAGGGUGACCCUUAAAGUUCACAUACAGUUGUCCUCCACAAACAAUGAUGAUUCCAAAGUAGUGUGUAUUAUCCAAUCAUCUGUACUAAGGAGUAGAUAUGGGAAUACAUUUUUUCACUUAUUUUUUGAAUUUUUUAUUUCGAUAAAAUUGCUACUAUUUUGUGAUAAUUAGGACAAGCACAGAAAUGAAUAAUAUGAUAAUUUGAAGUUGGGGCUUACCUGCAAAUUUUGUGAUCACAAUGUAAUUAUGGAUUGGAAUUGUUGAUCAGUUAUGCAGUUUUAACAUUUUAGUCGGUCAGGUUUCUUCAUACCCAAGGAUUUCAGAAUUUUUUGAAUACUAAUUAAUGAACUUUUGAGCUUUUUUAAGCUUUUUUUUUUUGGUGUAUGUUUUUUUUAGUUAAAAAAAAAUAAAGAGCAGUAAAGAAUAGUUAAAUAUUUUUAUUUUUCUCUAUUUUAAAGGUAUAAUCUAUAGAAAAAUAUCUUGAUUUAAGUAUCUCUUUUAUGUAAGAAGGUUAGAGUGUGGUUUAAAUGUAUACACAUACAUAAAACAUGAAUGAUGUAUUGUCAAUAAAUGUUUACUGUAUUCAA